AUGGUGAGCAGAGAGGUGUUGGAGGCCAGAGCCGCGAGGACCGUCCGCGUGACCGUCUACCUGACGGAGGCGCUCAUCCUGGCCGCGGUCCUCGGGGCCCUGUCCGUCCUCUGGCGGGACAGGCGCAAGAUCCUGGCCUUCCUCUACGGCCUGGUCGUCCAGGCGGGCGUCGUCCUGAAGGACCUGCUCCUCGACCUGGGCGUCAACGCCGGCGUGUGCCUGGUGGGCCUCCUCCGCCAGGUCCUCCAGGAGGUGUGGCAGGUCCUGCGUGGUGACCGUGGGGCCGAGGACAAGGGCCAGGCCCUCAGGGACAUUGUCGACCGCUACGUGGUGGGACGAGGUGAGGCGAGCUCCGGGCACGUGAGUACCGCUGCGGACGACGACGAUCUCCCGCAGCUGACGACCGCCGAGCGCAACCUGCUCUGCGGCGUACGGUACCCGCAGCGGGUAGAGUCUCCCUGGCAGAAUAUAUCCGGGUACGAGAGCGUCUUGGAACUUAUAGAGGAUAAUGUGUUAACGGCGGCCACGCUGAAGCUGUACCACAGUAGCCAUGUGGUCGGGCAAGUGCCCAGCCUGCUCCUGUACGGGCCGCCCGGAUGUGGCAAGACCAUCAUGGCGGAAGCUAUCGCAGACGCCAUGCAGCUGGCCAUGAUAGUCAUCUCCCCGGCGGCAGUAAAGAGCAAGUGGGUCGGGGAGUCAGAGAACAACAUGAAGGCCGCCUUUACACUGGCCGUCAAGCUCCAGCCUUGCAUCAUCUUCAUAGACGAGGUCGACCUCUUCUUCGUGGACCGCCAAGACCGCGGUCUGGACAGCGGCAUUUUGGCCACCUUUCUUCUGGCCACAAACAAGGUCGCCGAGGAGUCAGACAUCCUAAUCAUCGUAAUUGCCGCCACAAACACGACCUCGAACAUCGACCCGGCCAUUCUCCGCCGGUUUCCCCUCACGCUGCAUGUCGACAAGCCGGAUCAAGCAACCCGGAAGAAAAUCUUGCACCAUCAUCUCUGCAAGCAACACGUUGACGCCGGCGUGGACUUAGACUCCAUUGCUAAAGCCACCAAGAAUUUCACCGGCUCUGACCUAAAGAACAUAGUGCAGAGAGCGGCAAGUCAACUGCACAGGGAGUAUGUGGCAACAUACUGCAAGGGUCAACAUGACCCAAAACACGAGGAAGAGACCGACGCAGCCUUCCACCGACGGCACCACCACGUGCCUCUCUCACCCAUAACACAGGACCACUUGGUGACGGCGCUGCAGCAAUAUAAGAAGUGCAAAAUAAAAUGA